CAUGAUCAUGAUCAUAAAUAUCAAUAAUAGUACGUGAUCAACUGUCAACAAAAAAACAUGAACAAAGCAUGAAAGAAAUAAUACUUUCUAACCUUACCAUUUCACUACUUCAAAUAUAUAGAUACAUCGAUAUAGAUAUUAUUGAUCAGUCUCCUCUUAACGUCUUCGCUGCCAAUAUGGAAGAUGAAAGCGUAGCCUUGAUAUCGAAAAGGCAAAUUUACUCGCGUAGUAAGUCACAUGCCUACGAUGAACUCCAGAAUUUCCGAUCAUGGCUUUUAUUAAUGUGUGUUGAUCAAUCUAACGUUUGGACCGCAUCUUUGUCAUGGGCAGUGUUCGUUAUAUUUACUUUUAUAGUUCCUAGCUUGUCUCAUUUCUAUCUAGCGUGUAGUAAUUGUGACAAUCAACACGCUAGACCUUUCGAUAUGCUGGUUCAGUUGUCUCUGAGUUGUGUUGCUACGCUUUCGUUUGUUUCUCUUUCGCAGUUUAUGAGGAUUUAUGGACUUCGUAAGUUUUUGUUCUUUGAUAGGCUUUGUGAUGAAAGCCAAAACGUCCGUAAAGGGUAUACUGAACAAGUCAACAGAUCGCUUAAAAUUCUCUCCAUUUUCGUGAUCCCAUGUUUCGUUCUCGAGUGUGCAUACAAAAUUUGGUGGUACAGUUCUGUUGCCACAGCCAUAACUUUUCUCGGAAAUGUUAUGUUGAGCGACGCAGUAGCAUGUACCCUGGAACUCUUCUCUUGGCUAUACAGAAUCGUGGUGUAUUUUCUUGUGUGUGUCCUUUUCCGCCUAGUUUGUUCCCUGCAAAUCCUGCGUCUACAAGAUUUUGCCAAAGUUUUCCAUAUAGACUCUGAUGUAAAAAGUGUAAUGAGGGAACAUCUCAGGAUCAGAAGACACCUGAAUACUAUAAGCUAUCGUUAUCGUGUUUUCAUGUUGUUGGUCCUUAUAGUGGUCACGGUCAGUCAGCUUGUAUCACUUCUUGUAACUACUCGCAGCACUGCAGACCUCAACAUUUUCGAAACCGGUGAACUUGCAUUGGUUUCCGUAAGCCUGCUUGCUGGUUUAAUGAUUUUGAUGAGGAGUGCGACUGGGAUCACUCACAAGGCACAAGGCGUGACAUGCCUGGCUGCCAAGUGGCAUGUAUGUGCAACAAUUGAUAUCUUCGAGUCACCAGAAGGUGAACGAGAAGCCAUCCCAUCUGAAGAAUCGACAUCAGACUGUGAUGUUGGCAAUGAAGAAGAUGAGUUGGUAAAUACUAAGCUUAUACCAUCCUACGCUUACAGCACAAUUUCAUUCCAGAAAAGGCAAGCCUUAUUGUCUUAUUUUGAGAACAACAGAGCUGGGAUAGCGGUGUUUGGGUAUGUCCUAGACAGAACUACACUACACACCAUAGUGACAAUAGAGUUGACGCUGGUCCUAUGGUUGCUUGGAAAGACCAUCGGCAUUUCGUGAUAAAUACAAUGUCAGACCAAGAAGAUUCAAUAUACUUGUGUAAAAAGUACUACCACCAUUUGGUUACAUGAAUUGUUACACCAAGACAGCCACCUACAGCAACGUAUGUAUGAUACCGUGAAUGCCCCGUGAGAGUGUGCAAUGAAAAAGAUUGAACAGGAUUCGCAGAAAUUUUGAACGAGUGUGCAAAAAUGAGGACAUGAAUAUUUUUGUGUGUUGUAUGUCUGUUGAUGGUUAUAUAUGUUAUUUGUUCAA